AUGUUCAUCGACAGUAUUCUCGGGUGGGUUAGCAUGGUUCUCACCAUCACUGCGCUGACAGACCCUAAAAAGGUGCCGAACGCCAAGAUCCGCAUUCAAAUGCAGGCUGCCAAGAACAACAUGGAUGGAGUGCCAAACGACGAUGGCGGCCAAAUCCCCCAGAUCACCCUUGGAGGCACAGGCGGCGAGUACCUCGGAAUAUACUGGGCUUCCGAAAGAGGCAAGCUCAGAGCCAACCAGUACUGGAACUACGAUAUCGACACCGUCGAACCUGUCGAGCUCAAGACCUUGAAUCUCCGAAUGGAAUACUAUGGAGCCGGCAACCAGUAUAGAUCUUUGAACAAUGGUCUUUGUCUUGCGCGCAUGUCCUGGACACCAGAUGACUCCAUGCCCAACUACGAUUCCAGAGGAGGAGCCAUCACGGGGGACCUCUUCUAUUUUGCGGAUAUUCAUGGUGUAACUCUGGCCAGUACGAUCCCAAGGGAAAAACCCCAGGUCGGUAACACCUCUAACCCUUAA